AUGAAGUAUCUGCCAAGGAAAUACCGCGAAAGUCCAAUUGAUUGGUACGGUAAAUGCGGUAUUCCUUGGCAUAUCAGUGUAGCAUUCAGAAAGAUUAGCGACCAGUUUCAAAUGCUGACCUUUGCUCAUAUCUUCCAGACGUGUAGUCAGGAGAGCUGCGCAGUUCUCAUAGUAAUGGUAGACGUCAUUAAGCAGCUCAAGACCAUCAUACAAGGCCUGAAGAAAGUCAGCUUCCGCCAACACAAUGCUGGUUGCUAUCACUACAUACAUACAUACAUACAUAAACUUUAUUUAUCCUCGGAUUUUAGUGUAGCUUACAUAGCUAGUAUCUCCGAUCCUAACUAAUUUUAAAAGUUACAACAUAUAUAAUAUAAUAUUAAUUAAUGUAGUAUUAACUAAAACCGUGCGCUAACAAUUUGCGCCUAAAUUCACUAUAAUCUACAGUCUUUCUAAAGUGAUCAGGUAGAUAAUUCCAGUACUUAACAGAUGAAUAGCUAAAGGAAUUUAGACCAUAUGUGGUUGUAGACGGCUUAGGAAGUGAUAAAAUAUUAGUACCCCGUAGGGAGUAAGCAGUAGAUCUUAACUUGAUCAGUUGUUUUAAAUAGCGCGGAUAUUUACCAAAAUGAAGACAUUCGAAUAUACAAAUCAUGAUAUUUUGUAUCACUGCAGGACCACCAUUGUUUGUGCAAGCACGUUAGGAGCAGAGCUGGGUGUAACCAUCAAACGGCUUGAUUUCUCUGAUCCCCAGGGUGGAAAAGGAGCCUGUGACCACAAGGAAGCAUCCAUAAAAUCGCAUAUGCAUAUUUACCUAAAUUCAGGACACGAUAUCGAGACUCCAGAACAGAUGACGGAUGCAAUUCGAUCUUCCGGUGGGGUACCAUCACUGAGUGUCACCCUUUGUGACUACAUCACAAGCCCUUCAAUGGACUCAUACAAGAUCGAUGGAGUAAGCCUACUCUCGAAUAUAGAGUUUUCUGAAGAGGGAAUCCGUGUAUGGAGAGUGUAUGGCGUGGGAACUGGAAAGCUGAUGUCGCAGAUACCUGAGGCUCCGUUAUCAAACAUGCUACCGUCCUUGGUAGUACGCCAGGCACACCCAAGCUCAUUCUCAUAG